UCUACACUGAUUUAUUACCUUACUCCUCUCACUUUUCAAGAUCAGUUCAUAAACAAAAUGCUGCAAUAAUGAAAAAAGAAGAACAUUUGAGGACUUCAUCCAUGCAUCAGAUCCCCAGAUCAAAGGCAAAUUUUGUUGCUGCAGGAUAAUCUGUUUCCAUAACAGAUAAACUUCUUCAUGGCAACCAAGUUUACCUAAAUUUGAAUCUUUCUAGAACCCUUUUUUACAUCCAAAUGAGAACAUCCAAAUUUCCAUGUAGGGGAUUAGAUUAUGGUCUGUAUCUUCUGAUUUUUGUUGUGUGUCUGGUGCUGUAUGGAACAGUUUCAAGAUUGAAUACUGCAAAUGUUUCACAUUCCACAGUUUCGAAGUUAAGGCACUUGAAUCCUAAGCAUGUUGUAUCAAAAGGAAAAGGGUACCCUCCUGUGCUUGCAUAUUGGAUUCUUGGCACCAAAGGAGAGAAGAAGAAGAUGCUGAGGCUGUUGAAGGCUGUGUACCAUCCAAGAAACCAGUACCUGCUUCAGCUUGAUGAUCGUUCCUCUGAGUCUGAAAGAAUGGAUUUAGCCCUUUCAGUUAAGUCAAUUAAGGUGUUUGAAGAAUUUGGAAAUGUGAAUGUCAUUGGGAAAAGUUAUGCCAUAAAUAGAAUGGGAUCUUCUGCUCUCUCUGCUCCUCUGCAUGCUGCUUCUUUGCUGCUUAAACUGAACUCAGAUUGGGACUGGUUCAUCACAUUAAGUGCUUCAGAUUAUCCUCUCAUGACUCAGGAUGAUAUCCUUCAUGCUUUCACAUUCUUGCCAAGAUACGUCAACUUCAUUCAUUACACUAACAAGACAAUUCGGAACGAGCAACGAGACAUUAAUCAAAUUGUGGUAGACCAAAGUUUACAUUAUGAAAAGAAUAGUCCACUUUUUUUUGCUGUGGAAUCCAGAGAUACCCCAGAUGCUUUCAAGCUAUUUCGAGGUUCACCCUGGAUGGUUCUUACAAGAGCCUUCAUGGAGUACUGUGUUACAGGGUGGGACAAUUUACCGAGAAAACUUCUAAUGUUCUUCACCAAUGUGGCUUACCCUGUGGAGUCAUAUUUCCACACAGUGUUGUGUAACUCCAAAGAGUUCCAAAACACCACUGUGGACAAUAAUCUAAUGUACGGUCUCUGGGACACUGAUCCAUCCGAAUCUCAAUUUCUUGAUAUGUCACACUAUGAUACAAUGGUAGAAACUGGUGCUGCAUUUGCUCGUCCAUUCGGUGAAGGUGAUGUGGUUAUGGAGAAAAUUGAUGACUUGAUCCUUAACAGAUCAUCCAAUGGGUUGGUUCAAGGAGAGUGGUGUUCAAACUCAGAAACAAAUAAUACCACAGAGGUUUCAGAAUCUGAGGAAGAAGAACAAGAACAAGAGUUGUUGUGCUCAGAAUCUGGCAAUGUUGAUGAUGUAAAGCCAGGGCCAUUUGGCAUCAAGCUUAAGAUUCUGCUUGCUGAAAUUGUGAACACAAGAAGAUUCAGACCAAACCAGUGCAAAACCUUUGAAAGGUGGUGAAAAAAUGGAAUGUUGUGUUGCCAAAACCACUUUGAAUUUGGAACAGAAGAUUCAAGAUUGUCUCUGCUCAAAGCUGAGUUUGAUUGAUUCCAUUUCUCUACACUCAGCACAGUUUUCUUAAUUCAGAAGUAAUUUUUCUCAUUUUGGUAACUUUUUUUCAUGAAUUUUUCUAGAUGAUUUCAAUGUGUUUCCUCUUAUUCAUUAGAAAUAGGUAUCUUUCUUUUCUAAUUUAAAUAGUUUAAAAUCAUGGACACCAACUCCUACCUUGUGUUUC